AUGAAAGAUUUGGAUUCAAAUAAUUAUGGAAGACCACAUUUUAACUUGAAUUUGGUGGUGGUAGUAGUGGUAGUGGUGGAGGUGGAAGUUAGUGGUAGUAGUAGUGGUAGUAGUAGUGGUAGUAGUAGUGGUAGAGGUAGUAGUAGUGGUGGUAGUAGUGAUAGAGGUGGUAGUGGUGGAGGUGGUAGUGGUGGAGGUGGCAGUUAG